GGGGCGGGGCGCGCUGCCUGCUGGGCCCGGAGCGGAACCAUGGAUAUCUCCCGCUUCAUGGCCGAUGAUUUCGAGGUGAAGAGCUGGGUGAACGCGGCCUUCAGGGCCGGGCAGCAGGACGCGCCCGGGCAGGCGGACGCCCACGCCUCCACCCUGGUGAUGAAGCUGCAGGUGUUCAUCCAGGAGGUCAACAACGUGGUGGAAGAAGCCAGCCAGCAGGCCCUGCACAGCAUGCCCAGGGUGCUGCGCGAGGUGGAGGCCCUGCGGCAGGAGGCGGCCUUCCUGCGGGAGCAGAUGGUGCUGGUCAAGGAGGACAUCAGGAGGUUUGAGGAGGACACGGCGCAGUCGAUGCAGGUCCUGGUGGAGAUCGACCGAGUGAAAUCUAGAAUGCAGUUGGCUGCUGAGUCUCUUCAGGAAGCAGACAAAUGGACUACAUUAAGCGCAGAUAUCGAAGAGACCCUUAAAACACAGGAUGUAUCUGCAAUUGCAGCCAAGCUAACAAGUAUGCAGAGCAGCUUGGCUAUGCUUGUGGAUACGCCGGAUUACUCUGAGAAGUGUGUGCAUCUUGAGGCUCUGAAGAACCGCCUGGAGGCCAUGGCCAGCCCACAGAUUGUGGCUGCUUUUAACUCUCAGUCUGUAGAUCAGGCAAAAAUGUUUGUGAAGGUCUUCACUGAAAUUGAUCGAAUGCCUCAGCUUCUUGCUUAUUAUUAUAAGUGUCACAAAGUGCAGCUGGUGGCAGUGUGGCAGGAUCUUUGCCAGAGUGACUUAAGCUUGAAUCGCCAGCUGACUGAACUGUAUGACACACUCCUUGGGACCUGGCACUCGCAGCUUCAGUGGGCAACACAGGUUUUCAAGAAACCCCACGAAGUUGUGACUGUGUUGCUGAUUCAAACUCUAGGAGCAUUGGUGCCAUCCAUCCCUGUCUGCCUCAGCACUGCCAUGGAGAGAACGGGCCAGGAAACCAAGCUGAGCAAGCUGCUGGAGCUCUAUGAUGCCACCGUCCACUUUGCAAAAGGGCUGGAAAUGGCCAUGCUGCCAAAUCUGAAGGAGCAGAACUUGGUAAAAGUGAUGGAACUGGUAGAAGCGGUGUAUCAUCCAUACAAGCCCUUUCAACUAAAGUAUGGAGACCUCGAAGAAGAAAAUCUGCUCAUUCAGAUCAGUGCAGUGCCUUUGGAACAUUGGGAAGUAAUUGACUGUGUCCAGGAACUGAAUCAUUCAGUCAGCAAACUCUUCAUUCUGGCUUCUGGAGCCAUCGACAACUGCAUUAAACUCACUGAUGGACUGGGAGUAUGUGGGCUCCUUAAGGCCCUGAAAGCUCUAUUUGCAAAGUAUACAUCUGACUUUACAAAUACACUGCAGUCGAUACGAAUGAAAUGUAAACUGGAUGAUAUUCCAUCAGACUCCCUUUUCCAGGAGGACUGGACUGCAUUCCAAAACUCUGUUCGAAUAAUUACUACUUGUGGUGAGCUCCUUCGUCAGUGUGGAGACUUUGAGCAGCAAUUGGCCAACAGGAUUUUGUCAACUGCUGGGAAGUAUCUCUCGGACUCCUACAGCCCCUGUAGCUUUUCUGGCUUUCAGGAUACCAGUGCUACAGAAAAGAAGAGCAAUGUGAAGAAUCCCUGGCAGGAAUACAAUUACCUUUUGAAGGAGAAUCCGUCUGAGUAUGCCAGCCUUAUGGAAACACUGUACACCCUGAAGGAGAAAGGUACGAGUAACCACAACUUGCUGUCUUCAUCUCGAUCUGCACUAAGCCGCCUCAACCAGCUGGCACACCACUUGGCUUUUGAUUCUGUGUUUCUUCGCAUCAAGCAACAGCUCUUACUUGUUUCAAAGAUGGAGAGUUGGACCUCUGGUGGUGUUGGUGAGACCCUGACAGAGGACCUGCCAAACUUCAGCCUGACUCCUCUGGAAUAUAUCAGCAAUAUUGGGCAAUAUAUUAUGUCGCUUCCUCUCCACCUUGAACCAUUUGUCACGCAGGAGGAUUCUGCUUUGGAACUGGCAUUACAUGCUGGAAAAUUGCCUUAUCCCCCUGAACAAGGUUCUCAACUUAGCUUUUAUGGCUUCUGCUCCUUAUCAUGUCUACUGCUGUACAGUUCACGGAGUGGCUUGGCUGCCUAACAGCCUGAUAAAGGAGAAGCCUUGCUCCAGCUUUGCAGUCCUGCCCUUUCCUUUGUGCUGAUUGCGUGGUAUGGCCGUAUCCACUCUUUAUCAUCCACCAACAGGAAAGUGUUCUUUUUUUGUGUGUUUUCUUUUCCUUCUGGACUUGUUUCUCUCAAAUUAUGUCAAUAAAGGGGAUUUAAAUCAGCUUCCUGAAAGUCCUGCGACACACCAGAGAUGUGCAGGAGUGCAGAGCAAGGGACAAGUGAAGAGAUGGAAUCUUCUAACUGUGUUUAGAAGCAGUGAAUUGUUAGUUUGGCUGGCCCUCUUGUGUGAUGCCCCCGCAUCGCUGGUCAUGUGGUGUGUUCUUGUCCCCAGCCAGUAUCCAAACUGGGGUUCUCAAGGCAGCUGCAGGAACUGACACAGCAUGAAGUAGCUCAGCUGUCAGACCCUGAUGAAAUCUGCAGAGAAUGUCCCAUAAGCUUAAUCUUACCUUUAUCAGUUGUUGUGUUAAGCUAACAAACAGAAGGUGGCCACCUCUGUGGUCUUCUGUGACCUCACUCAGAACCAAACACCAUUCAUUUGUUGUUAGGGAAAGGAGAGAGGUUCACUGAGCUCUUUUCCACAGGAAAAGGUUAUUUGUUCUUAAGCAGGAUAGUAAUGCUGUUAGUAAACAGGCCUUCUCCCCAUCUCUUUCCUCUGUAAAUCCAGGAAAGAACCUCCAGUUAUACCCUAUGUGACAUGCUAAGCUGCGCCUAUCUGUUAUAAAGGUUAGGAGCCCAUGGUCAGAAACUGCUCUGCAGUCUGUCUUGUUUCAGGACAGGUUCUGCAUCUUUGGGAAUUUAUUUCCUUAACGUCCACCCCUGUGUUCUGUCCCUGUAGUCAGGAUCUUUCUCAGAAGGACACAAUUCGGAAAUGUUGACCAGUUAAAUGUCUUUUCCAUACUGUUUCAGUUCCAGCUGCAAAGUCAUUAAAGCUCCACUGCUGCCUUUGCUACCUGAGUUUUAGUGGUCAGAUACCAGCAGGAAUGAUAAAAAAAAAAAUGCACUGAAGGAAGUGCAGUGGCUGCUGAGACAGCAGUGGUGCAGUUGCCUCCUUGAGACUUUCUCCCUAGAACACACUUCAGAAGCCCUGAGGAGUUCUUUCUAUAUAUUUUUUUUCACUCAUUCCUUGCAGCAAGCUGAGUUUUGGCUCACAUCCAUUCUUCACAUGGCUGUUCAUACCUGUUGUUCGUAUCCUGUUGUGUUUAACAGUGUUACUUGUCAGCAGGCUGGCAGCCCAGGAUCAUUGGCUGCGGUUUGUCUCCUGACAGCGUUGACGGUCAGAGCCAACAUUGCGUAGGGCUUGGUAUUUCUCACCUUCUUUUGUAGCCUUCUGAGAAUGCACACUUGAGGUUUUAACACUAUUUCAUCAGCUUGAAGUAUUUGCGUGUUUGAUGGUUUUAGCUUUCAGAAUGCUGAUGAACCCCGUGUGCCUUAAAGACACUGAAAAAAAAACUGAGUCUUUGUCGUGGUUGUAGUUUAUAGAAUGGGCCUUGAAGAUGAUCCUAUAGAAUGUGCCAGGGAAUGGCUCUGAUCUUAGCCUGCUCACCAGUCAGCCCUUCAGAAAUUGUCUGGAGGAGUGAAAGAGGAAAGAAAGUGUUUGGGGUCCUGAGCUAACUUUCCAUACUACUGUGCAUUGUGGAAGAUGUGUAGCUGCUCUGUUUGCUCCAAAACCAGCUGAUAAACUGAAUCCUAAUGAAUUCCUUAAUGUCUUCUUGAAGAAACAGUCAACCGUUUACAGAUUGUCUGGUUACAAAACCAGAAAAUGAAGGUGAGUGAGACUGCUGAUCUCUAAUUUGCUAUUCUGCUAACGUGAAUUUUCUGUCCAGGAGAUGAACUACCCGAGCUGGACAACAUGGCUGACUACUGGUUGGGCUCCAUUGCCAGAGCUACGAUGCAGACCUACUGCGAAGUCAUCCUGCAGAUACCAGAGCUCACAGUGCAUUCAACAAAGCAGCUUUCCACAG